UCUCUCUUACAGAUUCAAGGAUCUCUCCUGCAACACCACAUCAUGGCGAAUGCUGCAUCUGGAAUGGCUGUGCAUGACGAAUGUAAGCUGAAAUUUUUGGAACUAAAAGCAAAGAGAAUCUACAGGUUCAUCAUUUUCAAAAUUGACGCCCAACAAGUGGUUGUGGAGAAGCUUGGAAACCCCGAAGAAACCUACGAAGAUUUCACUAACGCUCUGCCUGCAGAUGAAUGCCGAUAUGCUGUCUUUGAUUUCGACUUCGUUACUAAUGAAAAUUGCCAGAAAAGCAAGAUUUUCUUCAUUGCCUGGUCUCCCGACACAUCAAAGGUUAGGAUGAAGAUGGUGUACGCGAGUUCAAAGGACAGAUUCAAGAGAGAAAUAGAUGGAAUUCAAGUUGAAUUGCAAGCAACAGAUCCUAGUGAAAUGAGCCUUGACAUUAUAAAAGCGCGAGCACUUUGAAUCUCAUCAUAUCCGUCUCCAAGCCGAUGCGCUAUGCUGUUGUAUUUUAGUGUUUUCCCUAUUUGAUUAUGUUCCUAGUCAUAAGCUUAUCUCUGUGUUACUUCCAUUUUCAUCAGCCUGAUCAUUUCUGGAUAUUCUUUUGUUUUUCCCCCCUAAAUGAAACAUCAGAUUGUGAUCUCAUUCAUUUCAAUUUCUAUUGUAUAACUUGCGCGUAAGAGACGCAUAGAG